AGAUAAUAUAUUUGGAAUAGAGAAAUUAAAUAAAAUCAUAGGAAAUAGAAAUUAUUGUGAGAGAAGAAUAGAAAAAGAAACUUAAAUGAAGACUUGCAACAUGAUGAUUCGGUUGAUGAUUAGUGCUUUGUCUUUUCUCAUCAUUUCUCCAGCAAUAUCGAUGUGUGAUGAAGAUCUCAAAUCAUUAGACAAUCUUCAAGAAAAAAAUGAACAGGUACCGACAAAUCUACCAGAAUUCACUGAAAGUAUAGAACAAUUAAUGGAUGCACAUUCAGAUGAAGAUCAAUUGAAUGAUCCUUGGAUGUUCUACAGACAAAUACGUGCACCCAGUGGUUUCUUCGGUGUCAGAGGGAAAAAAGAAGACGAACAAAUGAACUUUUGGGAACUUGGAUCACAAAACGAGCUACUUCCGCUGGAAGUCAAGAGACAACCAUCGCAGUCAUUCUUUGGAAUGCGAGGAAAAAAAUAUUAUGACAUGAAACGAGCACCGUCGGGAUUCAUGGGAGUUCGAGGUAAAAAGAACGAUUAUAAUUAUAAAGCACCCAACGAUUUCCAAGAUGAACUCUACAAGGAACUUCAACUUGAGCGUGAAAUGCUGACAAAUCUUAUUGAAGAUUAUGAAGAUGAGAUUAACGACCAAGGUCUAAGGAAUAAAAAGUCUGUGAGCAACGACGAUUAUUUUGAGUAUGAGAAAAGAGCUCCAAUGGGAUUUCAGGGGGUCAGAGGAAAGAAAUCAGAGUUCACUGAUUUCAUUUCACCGAAUGAGAAGCGAGUGCCAUUCUCAGGGUUCUUUGGAACGAGAGGCAAAAAACAUCCGCUGGGCUUUCAUUCAUCAAAUAUUUUCGGAGUGCGUAAGAAGCCUUACAUGCCAUACACAAAAUUCGUGGGUGUUCGUGGAAAAAAGUCAGUUGAUGGAAAUGUCAGAAAAUUGAGACUGGACACAAACGCAAUGUAUGGCUUAAGGCCAUCACAUCGAGUAGGUUCGGACAUGUUACAGGAUAAAACAAUCGGUUUUAUUGGAAUGAGAGGAUAAAUAUUACAUAAUAUUUAAAGUAAAUGUUAUCAAUUAGAAAACAUGUGCGCUCAAGAAACAAACCAUCAUUGGUCUCGUUAAGAAUGUUUAUAUACAAGAUUUAGCUUUGUGGCAAAAUCAAAGUGGCUGCAUCUUAUAUCUAACUAAUAAUUCUCCGAUCUCUAGAGGCUGGGAGAUUAUGGACAAAUUAUUGGACUUUAAACAUUUCUGUAUUCGAUUAUAGAUAUCUUGAUUUCUUGAUGAAAAUUUCGUCUCUACUUUGUCAAUUUUCUAUCUCACUACUAAAUAAUGUUCUUAUUUAUCAUAGCUAAUAGUCGAUGUUAUUUAAUAAAGAAAUUUCAUUUAGGGAAAAAAAUAAAAAAUGAAUUCAUAUUAAUUAAACAAUUGCUAAUGUUCCUUGAAGACUUCUCUCAAGUAAAAGGAAAAUUAAAUGCAAUGUAAAUGUUUAUUGUUUGAGGCAAAAUAGUUGAAAAUAAAAGUUUGAUUAACGUUAA